CUCUGCAGAGGCAGUGACGUCACCGGGCUGUCUCUCAGUCCCUUCCUGCUGCAUCACAACAGGCGUUAGUAGCUCGAGUAGCACCAGUGACCGGGGGGGACAGGAUAUAUCCACACUGCUGAUUCAUUGAUACAACAUCUCUUAUUGGCGUUUCAACACACCACGGCAUCUUAACACGGGGGUAACCGACAGGAACUGGUAGCAGCAGCAGCAGCAGCGCGAUAACCCCGCUCCAGCUGUUGGGAUAUGGCCAGGCCGGAACAGGUUCUGCUCUUGGAGCCUCAACACGAACUGAAAUUCAGAGGUCCUUUCUCAGACGUGGUCACCACAAAUCUUAAGCUCUCCAACCCUACAGACAGGAAUGUGUGUUUCAAGGUUAAGACGACAGCACCGCGCCGGUAUUGCGUGCGGCCAAACAGUGGAAUCAUCGAUGCAGGAACCUCAAUCAACGUCUCAGUUAUGCUGCAGCCUUUCGACUACGACCCCAACGAGAAGAGCAAACACAAGUUCAUGGUCCAGUCCCUGUUAGCACCUCCUGACAUGACCGAUAUGGAGGGAGUGUGGAAGGAGGCUAAGCCAGAUGAGCUGAUGGACUCUAAGCUGAGGUGUGUUUUUGAUAUGCCGUCGGAGAACGAGAAAACGCAUGACAUGGAGUCUAACAAGAUGAUGUCGUCAAGCUUGCUGAAGUCCGAGUCCUCCUCACUGCCUCAGAAGUCAUUGAGCUCCACCCUGGACGACGGGGAGGUGAAGAAGAUCAUGGAGGAGUGCAAGAGGCUGCAGAUGGAGGCUCAGAGGCUACGGGAAGAAAAUAAACAGAUCAGGGAGGAUGAUGGUCUGCGGAUGAGGAAGAGCAACAUGAUGUCAUCUCAGCACUCCUCGGUUGGCAUGAAAAGAGAGGAGGGCUUGAGCGCCCGCUCGGUGGCCCUCAUCGUGCUCUUCUUCGUGUACAUCCAGGUGUUCCUUCCAGCUAAACCCCCUUUAAGGAAGGGAUUAACCAGAGAGAUGAUCCACACAGUCGGGGUUACACACAGGGCUAUCAAACUGACUCGUCCAAUCAGAGGCUUUGUAAAAUCGGGUCGUCUUUGAUUGUAGAGCGACCUUCAUCAGUGUAUGAAACACUAUACCAUAGGUAUUUCUUUUUCCUUGUGUUUUUAAUUUCACUCUACCUUAUCAUGGUCACCCAUCACUCAGUGCUCACCACAUCCCCGGUUGUCAGAGAGGGAUGUUUGAUUGCAUGCGUUCACACCACAGAGCGUUGCAUCUGGACUUUGAAUCUUAUUUAAUUGCUUUUUCAAUGGUGAUAAUAAUAUGUAAUUUGGCUGUAGGUUUGCACAACUACAUUUUCUGAUUUUUUUUUCUCUCUCCUUUGUGUUUUGCUGCAUUUUUAUGAUUUUAAGUAAAUUUCUCUGUUGUUGUUAGGGUUGAAGCAUUUAAAAAUAUAGCAGCUACCGGACAUGAACUCCAGAUUUGUAGGAUUAGAUCAUUUCUCUAAAUGUUCUCCAGAUGAAAGCCUUGCCUUGUGACCUGUUUGGGCAAGUUAUUCUCAGGCCAAGAUGGAGGAAUAUAAAUACAUUUACAUAUACACAGUACAUUAAUAUAUAUAAACACACACGCACAGACAGAGAAAGCAUGCAUACAUAUAUAGUGAGAAACCACAAACGGACAGAAGGUGCAUGUAGAGACGAAUGGUUUUGUUUUUCCUUGAUGACAUCAGCAACACCAAGGUCCUGUUAUAGUGUCCUUACAAAGGGACCUCGGUCUUUUCCAGCUCUUUUUUUGUUUCCUACUGAGCCAUACAUUUGUUGACAUUCUUUUUUGUUUGGGGCAAAUGUAUGUUAGACAUCAGCUGAGUGUUUUGAGCUGCCUGUUCUCCACUGCUGGGGAGUUUGAUUUUUGCCCCCACUCCACUGCGGUUCAGUUUUUGGGUGUUUGUUCAGCAUUUAUCCGUUGCUUAUUAAUGUUAUAUCCUCACUACAUUUAAAGUUGUGUUCGUUUUUAAUGCACCAAGAUUAAGAGCGUCUCCUCUUUGAUCUUCCUGCAGCGUACCACCUUUUUUUAAGUGAGAGAAAGAGAGGGGGGAGAAAAAAAAGCAUACAGCAGCCUAAAGCUUAAAGCCUUGAGGGGACCACAUAAUGACAUUGUACUGUUCAAGAGCCAGUGGUUAUUUUCUUGUCAAAAUAAACCAACAAACCAAGAAAAAGCAGACCUUUAAGUUGUUUCAUAUUCUGAUCUGCAUGAGAGAAAAAGAAGUGGAGAGCGUCAUUUUACUUUGCAAUAUUUGACAUGAAAAGCAAUCGUUCAUAUAUUUAUUAUUCCAUUUUAUCCUCGGAAGAGAAGAGUGUAUUCCCCUUUGCUACAAUGGAAGAAGAAUGACAGACUGUCACUAUGAUUUCAUGUAAAGUGGAGUGGAACACAAUGGAUCUGAGUGUUGGGUAAAUGAUUUAAAUAAACAUGAGCUUGUGUUUGAACUGUAUCUCUGUAAAGUUGUUGGGUUGAGGAUGACUUGCUGCAUAGAGGGAGGGCAGAGCUGACCCUGAGCUACAGUCCCGUCUUAGAUUAUCAAUCCUGGGUCACAUAGUACUUGCAAAACAAUUCUUCUUGUUCAGUGAAUCCUGGUUGGAGUAACAGAACAUUUUACAGAAGGAGGAUAUCUUAAAAGCACCAGAACGUACUGUUCUGUUAUUAUGAAUUGACCACUGUCCUGCUCCGAUCCAGUAUACAACUCACCUGGCACUCCAAACAGGACUUAACAAACAACAAUAAUUACAUGUAAAUACUACUUGAUCCAGGCAUGGAUGUAAUAAACACACUACACUGACCUGUUCUGGAGUCUCUGACCAUCACCGUGAUCAAUGUAAGCAGUCGGGAAACUGUUUUGUAUGUAUAUAAAUAAAUAAAUAAAUAAAUAAAUAAAUAAAUAAAUAAGUCUAUCUGAGAAGAAGAUUAAUAUUCCUUGUCAAGUAGUCUCUCUGGUGUAUAAAAACUACCCAACCUGGUUGGACUAUGUAGCAUCUUAAUAAAUUAAAUGAAUAAAGCCCCUA